UUCCAAACAAAAAGAAUGCAUCAUCGUACAUGGAGUACUAUAAACAAUCCGAUUCAAAACAAAAUCCAUUUACCCACACAUCCAGUCCUGUUUGGAGUUGGACAAGAAACACAAAAUCAACUGUAUUGAAGGGAAAUUGUAAAAAGAAAAGCCGAAAAAGGCAAAAUCAGAAGAAAACCAUUAUCUUAUAAACAUCUCUGUGAGCUCCUCACACAUGGCUGCAGCAGUUACACUUACACCACCCUUAAAACCCUAACGAAAAAUGGGAAACACUCUGCAAAAGCUCCCCCAAUCCUCGCAGCCGCAGGAGUUACAGCUCCAGAAUCAAAAUGCUCAUGCAAAACCGCCUCAAUUGGAAGAAGAAUUAGAAGCGGAAUUCACCUGCGAAAUCUGCAUCGAGCCGGCGUCGGAGAGGUUCCGCAACGGCGGGAGGUGCUCGCACCCCUUCUGCACCGAGUGCGCGGUCAAGUACAUCCGCGCGAAGCUCGACGACGGCGCGGCGGGGGAGAUCGUGUGCCCUGCGAUCGGGUGCGGCGAGGCGCUGGAGCCGGCGGCGUGGGUAGGGAAGGAGCUGUUCGUGCGGUGGUGUGACGCGCUGUGCGAGGCGGCGAUUAUGGGGGAGGAGAGGUGCUACUGCCCGUACAGGAGCUGCAACGUGCUGAUCGUGAACGAGUGCGGCGGAAUUGUGCGGAAAUCGAGGUGCCCUAACUGCAGGAGGUCCUUCUGCUUCGAGUGCAAGAGAGUUUGGCACGCGGGGUUUGGCUGCGAGGAGAGCGCCGAGGCUAGGGAUCGGAACGAUUUGGCAUUUGGGAGGCUCGUGGAGCAGAAUAAGUGGAGGAGGUGCCCUCGCUGUAGGCAUUUCGUCGAAUUGGUUGAAGGUUGCAGGAUCGUCAAAUGCAGAUGUGGGAUUAGCUUCUGCUACAAGUGUGGGAAGCAGGUUCACCAGCACUGGUGUCACUGCGACCGGACCUCGCUCUGCUGCGAAUGGUGCUUCAGAGUUUCCAUACUCGUCAUUUUCAUCAUCUUCGCCUUCUUCCUCUUAUCCUGGGAGACUCGAACCCACAAGAUAACUCCUACUACAUGAUAUAUUACUUGCUACCAAGGUGACAUUUUGUACAGCUUUAUUCCAUGAAUAUUGAUAUAAUAUGGUGAAAUUAACCAAAACCCAUUUCAAAUAUCUCCCUUUCUUCUGCUCCAACUUGAAUCUGCUACAAAUUGCCAUGCUUUCUUUUUAAGUGAUGUGAAUUUGGCUUCCCAGCAAAUUCCAAGGUCAUCCCAAGGAGGGGUAGUUUCGUCAUUUUAAGUGGUUUGGGGGAUUAUUAUGGAGAUGGGCCAUUUUAAUUAUGUAGUGUAGGUAAAAUUUCGAUUUAACUCUGGGAGUUACAUUGGAUGUUAUCAGUUUUAUCACUAUAUGUACACGAAUAUAUAUUUCUUGACUAGAAUGUCCUCCAUUGACUUUA